AUGCCACAACACGAAGCGUUUACGGUGCAGCAACUCGAGGAGUACUUUCACAUGCCGCUCAAGAAGGCGGCCAUGUUGCUCGGGACCUACGAAGGCGCGCUCAUCCGAGCAUGUCGACGACACGACAUUGCAAAAUGGCCAUAUCGACAGCUCGCCAAGAUCGACCGUCAAAUGCGGUACAUGGACGAAGUCAUGACCAAGCUCCACGAAUGCAACGAACCCACAGCCUUGGACAAGACGACGGCGCGUCGUCGACAGCUCCAACGACGCUACGCAGUCAUCAAGGAGAACACAUGUGCAAGCCGUCGUAGCACAAAUGCCGAUCCGAAGCUGCUGCUAUCGUUCAUUUUGAAUCCCUAA